UUUGUCGUCGGUGGAAAACUAAUUGAAGCAAUGCCGUGUUAAAGAUAGGGCAGGCAAUUUAUUUUUGAACCAUUUUUUCUCAGAUUUGUUGAUCCUUUACAUCCAGAUCCAAUUAAUAAAUCGAAUGUGCCGACAAUAAUGAAAAAAAUCUGAUAUCUUGGGAUGUUGCAGGACUAUACUAAGCCCGUACAAUCAUUUAUCUUGGGCUACAUUGAUGAUUGGACGGCCUACAUGUCUGCAUACCUACCUGGUAGGGCAGGGGGAGAUCUGCUUUGUAACUUAAGGGGGCCAUGGACAUGGAAUUUCUUUCUGGAGUGGAAAUCAAUAAUAUCAUCAUCUGCUUUAACAGACACAGCCAUUAAUUAACAGUUAACCAAGACCUAUGGCUCAAAUGUGUAUUUGAAAAUGUCUUGAUGUUUAGUUUUGUCCUUUUGAUGUUGAUCAACAAAUCAACCUUAUGGUUAUGACCAUAAGUGAUGCACUGCAUGUACUACUUACUAAGAAACAGGAUGUGUCUAAUACACACUGACUCUGCAAACACAUGUAGGAAGUAGCCUCUGGUUGAAAUACUUCCUGUUUGAUCAAAGUAGGCGUUAAGACUUUAACAUGCUGGCAUUCAAAACGCACAGAAAGACAAGGCACUCAUAGGGGUAGGACGAUAAGAAACUCUGAAAACAGUUUGGACCAGAAUAUGGCUGAGGUGAUUUACACCAUGCCCAACAUGGCCAGGAACACACAAGGAGAGAGAGAGGAGAGGAUAGUGGAGAUCUACACUACCAGUGAGAGCCUCAGAGAACAACACCAGGACUAUGUGGGGACAGAGGAGUCCUCCAAUACUCUGGGAACAGUAAGAAGUCAGCAGCCGGACCCUGUGAGCCCUCCUCGGUGUCCGAUCAGGGCUGUGGUGGUGCUUCUGGUCCUGCUGUCUGUUGCCCUGCUGGCUGCACUGCUCGGGUUGGCAGUGAAGCACAAGAUAGUCAUGGACAUGGACAGAGACGUGGAGCAACUUCUCCAAAGGCUGAAGAAUGUGACAGAGCAGAGAGACUCACUGCUUUGUAAACAGGACUGUCCAGGUGGUUGGACUAAGUUUGGUUGUAAAUGUUAUUUCAGUGUGUUGGGAUCCUGGAAUAAGAGCAGGGAGCUCUGUGUUUCCCUCGGAGCAGAUCUGGUGGUGAUGGACAAUAAAGAGGAGAUGGACUUCAUUAGCAGGUACGACGGGGACCCCUGGCUCGGAGCGACAUAUGAGGCCAGUGAAGGGAUGUGGAGAUGGGUUGAUGGGACCGUCCUGUCAGUGGAUAACCCCUCCUGGAGUGGAGGGAAACCUGAUGGUGGCAAGGAGAAGAACUGCUUAAGGAGGGACCGGGGGCAGCAGCCCAACUUUAAAUGGACAGAUGAGAGCUGUGAAGACUACAGAUAUGGGCUUUGUGAAUAUAAUUUAAUUAAAUGAUGGAUGAAAACAUUUCUUUUUCUGACAGAUGUGUUUCUUUGACUAUUAUUUUAUCUUAAUGCCAACUAACAUUCAAUGUUUUGUUUCAUGCUUGUUGAGUUCUGCCAUUCGAUAAGAGCUGUGAUUGGCUGCAUGGUUUUUUAUCUCCCUAAAAGGAGCUGACAUGAAGACUUCACUGGUCACUGCAGGAGCUGUACAUAGAUGCUGUUCUUGUUACAGUAUUUUUUUAAUGUUCCCACAGUUGAUCUCGGUGUUGGAGGCUGAGGUUGCUGGUUUUCAGUUGCUACAAACCACACUAGUUCUCUAUUUAGGGCUUCAUUUGCUGCCUUUGCCUUUGUCCCCUCAGCUUAUUAUUUAAUAAUUUUCCAUUGAAAUGUAUCUCGACUUUGUCACCAUACAGUGAUCACUGUAAAACACUUGUAUAAAUUAUCUGUUGGGUUCCACGGUGUUCAGAGAGAACAGUAGACUUGUGUCUUGGUGUCUGAAUGGGCUUGUAGGUCUGCACUUAGUUUUCCGUUACUGAAUGAACACUUUUGAAGGUACAUAUGCAUACAUGCAUUCUCACACAUACAGUAACUUGUAAAUUGCAUUAUAUAUGUACAUUUUGUGUCCAUUCAGCUGUGUUGGCUGUGGUGAAUUUGACCUUUUAUUAAAGAAGCUCUUGAUUAA